AUGGUGAGAAGAAGCAAGAGAAUCGCUGGAAGACGAAGGAGUGAAAUUGCAGAGUCAUCUAGGAUGGGAGAAAGAGAUAAUCCUCAACAACAAGUUAAUAAUCCAGCUCAACAAGAACCUGUACAAAAUAACACUACUGAUUAUGACAGAGUAAGUGUUCAUACUUCACAAACAGAUUCAACAGAAGAGAAUGCACAUAGGACUGAAGAAGGAAGAUUCAUAGAAGGAGAUGAUGAAGAUAUGAAAAUUGCAGAACUUCGACAAAGGUUGGCUGAUGAAAGAAGGCGAGAGGAGGAAGAACGUGUGAAUUUGAUGCGUCUAAAUAAUGAGUUAAGAGAAGAGAAUAUAAGAUUACAGGAGAAGAAAUCGAGAAACCAACCGCCAACGGAUGACCGGUACGUACAACAUGGUGAAGAUCAUCGAAUGCAAGAAGAUAACAGAGAUAACAGGUAUGAACAACGAGUCGAGAGAUAUCAAGAUGAACAACGUGAUCCAGAACAAGGAAGGAUGAUAUUACAUGGUAGACAAGUAUUAAGAGAUCAAUGCGAACGCGAAGCCGAGGUUGAAAGAUACAUUGCAGAACAAAAUCACGCACAUGUUGAGCGAGAAAGACGUAGGAGAAUAAGACAAGAAAUUGAAGAACGAGAAUUCCAAGACGUUGUGCGCGAAAAUAACCAUGACAACCUGGUAAGAAGAUGUGAGGUCCAUCGCACGCUUCCAAACCAGACUAUGGAUAAUGAGGAAGAACAGAGAAGAACAAGGUGGCAUAAAAGUGAAAUGAUAAGGGAUCAACACGAUCAAGUCGAACAGGAUGACAGAGAAAGACAGGGACGAAUGGGAGAUGUUGAAGAAGAAAGGGAGAUGCAGGAGGCUAUUCGUCAAAAUAGACAUGACAACAGAGUAAUGCAAGCAAGAUUAAAAAGACCAAUGCAACAAGACCAGGUAAUGAAUGAACAAAUUUUAGGAGAGCUAGCGGAAAUGAGAGAAAUGAUGACAACAAGAAGAGAUGGCGGUAGGAGACAGUUGGAUGAGGAAAUUGAAGAAGCGGGAAAAACACCAUUUGCAACACAAAUAUAG